CACUUUCUCUCUCACACACAUUUUCUCUCUCACACACACAUACAUCAUAUAUGUGGGGCUCCCAUCCUUCAUAACUUUGGCUUCAUAAUCACCAUUUCUCAACAGUCUCCCCACGGCAAAAAAGAAACAAAAGCAUUUCACACACACUAAAAACACACACAUAAAGCACAAAAAACACCACCAUUGGAGAGAUAAUCAGACCACCGUCUUCAUCUAACGUUUUCUUCUUUUUCUGGUUCAAGAAACCCAAAAAAACCCAACAACAAAACAUGACUACUCAAACGACGUCGUUACAGACAACAACAACCACACAGAGGCAAUCGAGUGAGCAGCUUCAAACGCUUAUGCAAGCCGGUCAAAUCUCCGGCAGCUUGAGCUUCAACGGGCUGAUGAGUAAAGAAGAUGAGGAGAUGUCUCGGUCUGCGUUGUCUACUUUCAAAGCGAAAGAGGAGGAGAUUGAGAAGAAGAAAUUGGAGGUUAGGGAACGUGUUCAGGCUCAAUUGGGACGGAUUGAAGAAGAAACCAGGCGUUUGGCGACCAUUCGUGAGGAACUUGAAGCGUUAACCGAUCCAAUGAAGAAAGAAGUUUCGGUUGUUCGUAAGAAGAUCGAUUCGGUCAACAAGGAGUUGAAGCCAUUGGGUCAAACAUGUCAGAAGAAGGAAAGAGAGUACAAGGAAGCACUAGAUGCCUUCAAUGAAAAGAACAAAGAGAAAGUACAACUUAUUACCAGAUUGAUGGAGCAGCUGGUGAGCGAAAGCGAGAAGAUGAGGAUGAAGAAGCUGGAGGAACUGAGCAAGAGCGUCGAAACAAUACAAUAGAUCUGAUGAUAAUCUGAUGAUGAUGAUGGUGACGGUUACGGUGACGGGGUUAAGCUAAUUAAGUUUUAGUGUGAUGUAUUAAAAAGAAGAUAUUUUCCCUUCUUUUGCUAUGUUCUUAUAUAUGGGUCGGGUCGGGUCGUCUCUGUUUGGUUGAGAGAUUUCUUCUAUGUCGUUUUCCGUUUGUUUCAGUUUGAUGAUUAGUUGUUGUUAAUGGUGCUUGUAUUUUGCUGAUCUUAGGUUUGGAAAUACCUUUGUAAAAACAGUCUGUAACUAAAAUCUUGUCAAAAACCUCUUUGUUUCUGUUUCUUUUGGUUUUAUAGUAUCAAAUCGCGAGCGAGACUGUGUCUGUUGGCACAGACUCUGGCUCGCGAUUUGUUAUUUUUUUUUGUU